UCCCAAUUCAUUUAUUACACCGAACUGUACAAAACCAAACCGUAGGAAAUCUACUUCCCAUAUUUUUUUCUUUUGUUGGGUUUCUUUCUUUCCUGACUUCCUUCCCCCAAUCUAGAGAGUAGAGAUUUCCACCGAAAUAAUCGCACACUCACCUCCACCGGAGCCGCUGUCAAAACAUUUCAACUUUCAACUCUCUUUCUUUUCUCUUUCUCUAGUCAUGGCUCUAGUAACCCGAACUCCCCACCGCCUCUCAAGCUCAAUAAUCCCAGUACUCUCACAGCGCCUCCUCUCUACCACCACCGCACCCGCCGGCGGUUCCGCCACUACUCCGGCCCCCUAUGCCCGGGGCCCACCGCCCGCAGGCCUCUCGAAGGCGGCGGAGUUCGUGAUCUCGAAAGUCGACGACCUCAUGAACUGGGCCCGAACUGGGUCCAUCUGGCCCAUGACUUUUGGACUUGCUUGCUGCGCCGUCGAAAUGAUGCACACCGGUGCUGCUCGCUACGAUCUGGAUCGUUUCGGUAUCAUCUUCCGGCCCAGCCCACGCCAGUCCGAUUGCAUGAUCGUCGCUGGCACUCUCACCAACAAGAUGGCCCCUGCUCUCCGCAAGGUUUAUGACCAAAUGCCUGAUCCUCGGUGGGUCAUCUCUAUGGGAAGCUGUGCAAAUGGUGGUGGAUACUACCACUACUCAUAUGCUGUUGUUAGAGGUUGUGAUAGGAUUGUCCCUGUUGACAUCUAUGUUCCGGGUUGCCCUCCUACUGCUGAGGCCUUACUCUAUGGAAUUCUGCAGCUGCAGAAGAAGAUUAACAGGCGCAAGGAUUUCCUCCAUUGGUGGAACAAGUGAGAGAGAAUUCAUAUUUCUGGGCAGCUUUGGCUGCAUCCUCAUGACAAUAUAAUAAGUCAAUAUGUGGUUAUGCUUGCCUUGGCUAAGCGCCAUGUAAAGGGAGAACUAGUGUGUUACAUGUUAUGAACUGUUUCCUGUUGUUUAUGGAAGCUGUUAGGGUAGCUCCAUAUUGUGUAAACCUAUUUUUCUGUCUUAAACUUGGAGGUGCAUGAAUUUUCCUUCAUUGUCAUGUCUACUCAUUGAAGUGUUAAAUUGACUGCUUAUAGUUCUUAAAAUGGGAUUAAAUAAAAUGCUCAUGUUUGUGCAA